AUGCAGAAAGAAAUAGAAGACAUCCGAGCAAGACUGGCCAUAUUAGAAGCAAAAGAUCAACAGCUAAGAAGAGAAAUUGAAGAACAAGAUAGGCUUAUUCAGUCACAGGACUGUGAACUGACUGCUUUACUUGGCUGUGUUUCUCUGAGAGAACUACAGGAAAUAAGAAAGGCUGUGGAUGACACUUUAGCAUCCUCCUACCAAAUUCCAUGUAGUCUGGAUCUUCCAGGGACAAUAAAGAG